AUGGCAGCACGACACAUUGCACGAAAGCUUUGGCAGCCCAAAUUCCCUACGAAAUAUCAGCGCCGAGGUCUUAGUUUGCAAGAACAUCAAUCUAAACAGCUUUUAAGGGAGUUCGGCAUCCCAGUGCAGAAUGGAAAAGUAGCAACAACGGCUGCUGAGGUGCCGGAGAUCAUGCGUCAAUAUGGUGGAAAAUGCGUCAUCAAAUCUCAAAUUCUCAAGGGCGGUAGAGGCAAGGGAACAUUCGACAAUGGGUUCCGCGGCGGUGUCAAAAUCGCAAAGCUCCCUGAAGAAGGAGAGCAUAUAUCCUCUCAAAUGCUUGGACAUCGCCUUAGAACCAAGCAGACUUCAGGUGACGGUAUCCUUGUCGAAAAAGUGUUGGUGGCAGAGUUUGAAGAAUGCGAUGAGGAGUGGUAUCUCGCCAUAGCCCUCGAUCGCGAACGGUACUCCCCCGUUGUGCUCAUCUCAAGAAGUGGUGGUGUCGACAUUGAAGAUACGGCUAAGGGUGAGAGCGGUAGUUUGAGAAGCUUUCACUUUGACUACGCUGAGGGCAUCACACCAGAUCUUCUGAAACGUCUCGGUACAGGUGUCGGUGCGAGUCCUGCCGAGGCAGAAAAGCUUGGAGCUAUCCUUACCCGUCUUUGGGACCUCUUUGUGAGCAAAGACGCCACGCUUCUGGAGAUCAAUCCUCUAGCUCGCACCGGCGAAGCUAAUUUCAAGUGCCUUGAUGCCAAAUUUAUGAUCGAUGAUGCUUCGCAGCGACGCCAGCCCGAGCUGUUCGCCGAGCGAGAUAUCCAAGCAGAAAUUCCCGAGGAGAUUGAGGCACAGAAGUACGGUUUGGUGUAUAUCAAGAUGGAAGGGAAUAUUGGCAAUGUAGUCAACGGUGCAGGUCUUGCCAUGGCUACCAAUGAUGCUAUUGCCCAUCAUGGCGGCGCAAGUGCGAAUUUUCUUGAUGCGGGCGGCCAGGCCACCAAGGAAACCAUGCAAAAGGCAUUUGAGAUUAUUCUUCGAGAUGAGCGGGUCAAGGUAAUCCUUGUUAACAUCUAUGGAGGCAUUAUUAAAUGCGAUAUGAUCGCUGACUCGAUUAUUGGCGCUACCAAAGAGCUCGGUACAAUGCGUGUGCCGCUUGUAGUCCGGCUGCAGGGGACCAAUUCAGCUGAGGGAUUGAAAAUUCUUGAGGAAGCCGACCUCGGAUUCCAUGUUGAGUCGGAGUUUGGAGAGGCAGCAAAGAAGGCCGUGCAGCUUUCCAAGUCCUCAUAA